AUGAAGAAAGGCGGUUCAAUAACUUACGGCGGUCAAAGAAUCGCAGAUUUAGAAGACACACUUCUCGACGCUACAGGCGACGAAGCCAGUGAAGAUGCCUAUGCACAACUCAUAAUCAAGCUCAACAAACAUUUUCUAGCAAAGACGAACAAAGAUUUUGCGCAUGCUAGAUUUCAGUUCGGAAAUCUGACGCAAAACCACGAUGAAUCGCUUGUUCGAUACUAUACACGCAUCAGGGAAAUAGCAAAGAAAUGCAGUUUCUCAAACGAGAGCGAAGCUAUUCGAGACCACUUAAUAAAAACAAUGACGAACAAUGUUGUACGCAUCAAAGCAAUACGCAAGAAUUGGACGCUCGACCAAAUUCUAGAAGAAGCUGAGUUGGACGAGGAAACCCGAACACAAGCUAAAGAGAUGGAGAAGAAAGUAAAUUCAGACGAAACAAUCAAACGAGUCAUAAAUUAUCGACAACAACGACAACGACCUUCGUCUCAGAUUUUCCGUGAACAAAGCACAUCAUCGACCCGUGAAAAAACAACAAAUCCUUGCAACCGUUGUGGAUAUGACCGAGCUCACAAACAAUGUCCAGCAAUGGGAUCUCUUUGCAAUGCAUGUGGUAAACGUAACCACUACGCCAAAGUAUGUCGAUCGAAGCCCGCAUAAAGAUUUUCAAAUGGCAGACGACAACGACAAUUCGAAGGCAAAGACACAAGAGACACACAACAAUCAAAAUCAGGAGAAAGAAAUCGGAGAGACAGGAAAAUGUUAGAAACUAAAAAUGUCAAGCAUAUUACCUACAAUAGAGAUCGAAGCCCGAGUACAGAAAGCACAUGGCCAGAAAUGAAGGACAGUCAGCGAAAUGUAUUGCGGGCGCCAAAAUUCGCUAAAUUCUGCAGCGUCAGCAUAUUACAAACAGACAUUAAAGGCGUCUCAAGCGAACUUCGGAGCUAAUUUUAUAUCAGUUAAAGACUGUGGCGACUAUUUCCUUAUUUACAAUCUUUCAAUUGAUUGAACACAAUAGUUUGUAAGUCCAAAACUACAAAAGUACAUCAAAAUAUAGUGAAUUUCACGGGAUUUAAGUUUGACUUUGACGCGAUUUUUUCCCUAUUUUGGAGCCCCCUGUCCUUUAUAAACAACAAUCAGCGGUUGUACGUACAAAUGUUUUCAAAAUGGUUGACAAGAACCCACGACGACGCUUUUAAAACGUUCAAAGUUUUGGGACUUCGCUGUGCUUUGUCCAAAACACUUGGUAUUAGCUUACAGUUCUCAUGAAAUACACGCUAUUUUAAAUGCGUUUGGCGGAGCGCGUACAAGUUAAAAUGAAUCUAAAUCAAUACAAAAGGAGAGAUCAACUGUCGUACAAGAAAUGUAGACGUAAAUAAUUCGUCUUCGAGCUCUUAGAGCAACACCACACUGACCUCAACUUGGUAAACAAUGGGGAUUUUACUGUACUUAAUAGGAGUUUACAUUGCGAGAUUAUACUGUAAAAUUGAGUUACUCGGGCGGAAUAAUGGCAAAUCGUGACACAUCAAGAGUUUUGGGGAUUACUCGUCGAGGUAAUUUGUACAUUUCUAGACGUAAACACUUUGAGAAUUAUAUUUUGUUUCUGCAUGCGCAUCGCAUUUGUAUGAUUAUAGUAUUAAUUCUUAGCAUUUCCGCCAUCUUGAAUUCGCAAAAUUGGUCAGUUGUGCGCAUAGUUAGCAGCCAAACUGUCCCAAAUUUCUGGCCAUGAGCACAUCAAGUGAGAGCUAGCGACUUGGUAAACCACUUAAAGAUACACAGGACGACAGGGGAUGAAACGACUUUAUCCUGUGUUGUUUACAUAAAUGGUCAUAAAACACUCGUUGAACCAGACACAGGUGCAGACUCUAACAUUAUGGAUGAAAUACAACUUCAAGAGUUGAAAACCAAGUCACCAGAGAUACGUCUACCGGUUAAAGGCGAAUGCAUUGUGAACAUUGAAAACGAGACACGCAUAACACAAGCACCAUUGGUUAUCAUUAAAGGGAAAAUCAACUCCUUACCUUUACUUGGACGAACAACCCUAGAAGAACUGGGCUAG